AUGAAAGUGGCUGACUUCGAGAUACAGACAGCAGUUGGACGCAGUGAAGCCACGUCGCCCGGUAAACGGGCCGUUUGUAUUCGGCAAGACAGAUCUCACCUGUCCGGGAGCACCUGGGUGUUCUCACCACGAUUUUUAGCUUCUGACCAUGCACUCGCCCGCAGCCGCUUCUCGCUAUGUUUCCCUGGGCGUUGUAAGGUGCGGACAAAUCGCUUGGCAACUGAAAGACUGGCAGAUCCGGAUGUUAAACGAAUUUACCAGAAUCGUCUUCUAAAAUCUCUUCCAAAUGCUCCACCAUCAGAUGGGAACGCAUAUUGGGACGAAAUCGCCACCUCUUUGCGUAGUUCUAAGAAUUUCUCAUGUGGCACGGCACCAUCGGGCACACGCAAGCACUGGACAUCAGGCCGAACGGUGGCACUGUUUAAAUCUCGGAGAAAUGUCCCAGCCGGUCCCGAACAUAACCCGGUACGAAGAAUUAUCAAUAGUAUGGCAUUGAAACUGGUUCGUUCUCUGCUAUCGAAUUCACGUCUUCACAAAGAUCGUUUCAUAGUUGUCUACCGAGAUAAUUUUGCUGGUUUGCUAGAGGAGCCACUGAACGCCUUUUCGUGGAAUUUCGAUGGUGAUUUUGGUUGGUGUCCGAUUGUGGUACCUGGUUGGCAAAUUGAAAAGUUGAAGUAUAAUUCUCGCGUUGUUUGGUCCAAGACGCUUGAACGACAGUUUGAUGAAGUUUAUCGACUGUGCCUAGAGACUGAGCAGGAGAUCAAGCACAUCUGUUCCCCCAUAUCUUUUUCUGAAGCGUCCCAGGAAGAGGAAGAUGCAAGGGUUGUUCUAAAACCUUUCGUGAUGACUACCCAUGUAACUCCUGGAGAUUUAUCGGACGUUUUCUGGAAUAAACCCAAUAUCUAUAAUUUCUUCCUAUGCCAACGUGUUUGUUCACCGGAAUUCAAUGACAAAGCAGAGCUCAUUCAGAAGCGCAUGUGCGACCUCGAACAGCAAUUUGCAAAAUGUCUUUAUACUUCGGCUAUGUUCCACUUAACUCUGUGCACUCUUUCACUGACUGAUUUGCCGGCUGUUGAAGACUGUUUUUCGACGCUGAAAGAUAUAUGUGAACAACACCAAAGCCUACUGCCAACGGAUCCGUUGCACCUCCACGGCGUAGAUGCAUUCAGUCGGCGCGUGUUGUAUGCUUCUUUCAGACCAAACAAGGAGCUCACAGCAUUUGUUCAUCAACUUCAGCUAAGCUUACGUUCUGAGGGCUUUCAGGUCAACGGGGAUGAGCCCUUCGUGCCGCAUGUCACGCUUUUGAAAAAAAAUUCACAUGACUCACCUUACCGAUUAAAAGAUCAAGCCUUCUUCGCCUACCCUACACAGAAUGUAAGCUCACUAUUGCCGCCUGACGCUCCUAAUAUACAAUUUUGUGGACCAAAAAGCGCCAUUUGCAACUUUGUGCUGUUGGUUUUUAGCCGAUUUUCAAAUAACAUGCAACGUGUGAUGCAAAUGCUCAUAGGGUUACUUGAGGAACCCCGAAUCAAUGCAUGGCGUUUGCUUGUGGGCUACCUGGUGGACGACUAUGUAUCAAAUGAAGAUGAAUUGGAUCUAUUUUUAUGGAAACUUGAAGACCUCAACUGGAAAUAUGACGCACUGAACAAAUAUCGCGUACUGUACGUGAAAUACGGUACAUGGAUAGUGUGGGAUUGCAACACAAAUUACCCACUUGGUGAAGUCGUUCGACAAUGCUUGCAAGCUGAGCGCUGUUUGUAUCUAUUAGGAAGUGCAGGCAGCAGUUUAGAGGACCAGUAUAAACCACAGAACAGUGAAGAACAAACGGAAAUCUUAAAAACGUUCCCAACACUUUCCAAUUCGGUGAGCACGUGGCCAGAUUUGAAAGAUGUCUUCUGGUACAAACCUGGUGAACCAAAUUUCAUUCUGUGUCAGCGAAUUUUCUCAAGCGCGUUCAAUAGGACGUUCGAGGAGGUUGCCCGAGAGCUUUGUUUCCGGCAACCUAGGUUGGGUCAAUAUUUCUAUUCGCCGGCAAAACUUCAUAUGACUUUGUGUGUGUUUUCGAUAAAAACUUUGGAUGAGGCGAAGGACUGUUUUGACGCAAUCGACCAGAUCAUCGAGGAGACUAUAAAUCUGAUCCCAAAAGAACCACUCCGUCUGUGUGGAUUGGGAUUAUUCGCCGGACGAAUGCUGUAUGUCCCAGUUGAACGCAAUCGCAUGUUACAGGAAUUUGUCUCCGUACUCACCGAAUCACUGGACGGCGCAGGCUUCACGACGAAUGUACAGCCCCAUUUUGACUUGCAUGUGACACUGAUGAAAUUUCCCUCCGAUAUUCAAGAAGAAUUCACUAUCCCUCAUGAGUGGCUGACUGAAUUCGAAGAAGCCGAUUUCGGUGAGCUGACUUUGACGGAGUUUGAAUUUUGUCUACGCAGCCCUGGACCCCAUGGAUUCUAUCCUCCACUUGGUCGCAUUGCACUCACUUUUGACAACUUCCAACCGGAUGAACUCUAGCUUUGUGGAUUUUGAUGGAAAAUUUUCAAUUAUUUUUCUGACAAACCCAAUGGUGCUUACUUCCGUCUACUCAAAAUUUAUCUUGAUUUGGAUAAUCAUGUCCGAAAUCGCAAGUUAUUUAUUUUUAGUUCAAAAAUUUCAAGAGAUACUCAAAUGGAGGACGAACAGUUGUAUGAUUUAUCGCACUUGCAAAUAGAGGGGUUUGGUUGGUAUAGUCUGUUGAUUUUUUGUAUGACUUAUUUGCAAGUUUUCCACUCAAUUUCCCCUGCGGGCAGUUCCCGUCAG